ACCGAUUUCCUGCAACCUCAUCACACCAAAGUGAGUGACAGUAUAUCAAGCGUCUCAGACGAGUUGAUAAAUAGUGCCCUAUAUUUCAACAUCGAACAUCUUCCCUUCUAUACUCUAACCACCACCUACCUGAGCACUAUCACUGUUGUCAUGAUGCAGAACAUCCCAGAUCACUGCAUGGUACUUGUCGUCGGUGGUGGGCCAGGUGGCUCGUAUUGCGCUGCUGCACUUGCUCGAGAGGGUGUUGAUACAGUGUUGCUGGAAGCAGACCAGUUCCCUCGCUAUCAUAUUGGGGAGAGCAUGCUGGCGUCUAUGCGUCAUCUACUUCGGUUCAUCGACCUGGACCAAGCUUUCGACAAGUAUGGCUUCACAAAGAAGAUCGGAGCAUCCUUCAAACUUGAUAAAACCAAGCGAGCCGGAUACACCGACUUUCUUGCCGCUGGCGGACGCGAAAACUACGCAUGGAAUGUUGUUCGCUCUGAGGCCGACCACUUGAUGUUCCAGCAUGCGGCCAAAAGCGGUGCAAAAACCUUCGAUGGUGUCAAGGUCAAGUCCAUCCAGUUCGCGCCCGAUGCGGUUUCUAAGCUCGGCAAGCCUGUUUCGGCCACAUAUGUGUGUCAGCAAGACCAGUCGCAAGAGAUUAAAGAGAUUUCCUUCAACUAUCUGGUCGAUGCAAGUGGUCGGAAGGGCAUGCUUAGUACCAAGUACCUUAACAACCGUCGGUACAACGAGAGUCUCAAGAACAUUGCUCACUGGGGUUACUGGCAGGGAGCUGAGACUUAUGCAAAGGGUACACCAAUGGAAAACCAACCAUUCUUUGAGACACUUCACGACGAAAGCGGCUGGGUCUGGCUUAUACCCCUGCACAAUGGAACCGUCUCCGUCGGCAUUGUGAGAAACCAGAAGACGGCGACUGCAAAGAAGCGCGAGUCAGGCUUAGAGCAGAAGGAGUUCUACCAUGACACGCUGGGUUUGGCACCAGAGAUCCAGCUUCUGCUUGGCAGAGCGGAGCUAGUCAGCCCUGUCAAAUCUGCAUGCGACUACUCCUACAGCGCCUCCUCAUACGCCAUGUCCCAUGCUCGCAUUGUUGGUGAUGCAGGAUGCUUCAUCGACCCGUAUUUCUCGUCAGGCGUCCACCUGGCUCUGGUCGGUGGUCUUUCAGCUGCCACGACUAUCUGUGCUGCCUUGCGCGGCGACUGCGACGAAGCGGUGGCUGCAUCCUGGCACUCAGAUAAGGUGUCCGACAGCUACGUCCGUUUCAUGCUCGUGGUGAUGAGCGCCUAUCAACAGAUCCGUGGUCAGUCCAAGCCAGUCUUGAGAGAUCUUCACGAGGACAAUUUCGACCGUGCUUUCGGCAUUAUCCGACCCAUCAUUCAGGGAACCGCCGACGUCAAUCCAGAUAAGAUCACGCAGGAAGAGCUAGAUCGUACCAUCAAGUUCUGUGCUGCUGCACAUGGAGCGGAGGAUGAUAUCCGUCACCAUGUGAGGAAGCUGCUGCGCACUGAAGACUCUCUGAACAUCGAUAGCUUCAGCACGGAUGAGAUCAAUGGCUUCGUGCCAAACCUCAAGCAGGGAAAUCUUGGUCUGGUCAAGUGUGCAGCCUAGCUGUGGGAUCUAUUUGUGAGUUUUUGACCUUGCUGUUGGAUCCGCCUUAUGUUGGUUUCUGUAGUGUUUGGCCUAGCCUUGAACUUGGCUACUGAUACAAAUGGAUGUACUGUAAAUUUGCUUGAUUUAUUGACAUAAAACGUUGCAAUCGUUGCGUUUGCGUUUGACGUUGAGAGGUCACAGUAAACUCUCCAGUGCUGC